CUCGCUCCAUCGAAUUCGUUUUGUAGAGUAGGGAUUUCCAUUUAAAUAAUAGGUCAUAAUGAUUGUUUUUACUUAGUAAACAAUGUCUAGCAGAUCAACAAUAUCGUUAGCAAACACCUAGAGUAGAUCCACGAUGAUGUCUAAGUAACAAAUAUUUGAAAAACCGUGAUUUAUGUGUUGUUUUGGUGCCAGUCACUUAUAUUGAUUUAUCGUAAGCCAGUGACCUGUUUUUCUGUUAUAAAUGUGUUACUCGUAAAUAAUUAAUGAAAUCAUUAGAAAAAGGCCUGAGGAUCAUUGAAGAUGACUUUCUGACAAUAAUACCAACGUAAUACCUAGUUAUAAAUGAGAGAAAGCUGUGAACAUGAGCACGGAAUCUGAAUUUUCUAUACAGUGUUGAAAAUUUUCUUAAUAAUUGUUAUGGUGUUCUUGUUUUAAUAUGAUGACGCCAAUUGAAGAAAAUAAAGAUGAAAAGAUCCGCGUGGGCAUGGUGCAAGUGUCGGACGGCAAGUCGCGCCCGCGGCCUGCGCGUCUCGUGCUCAGUAUGGACGCAGUGACGGUGCAACGAGAGGUACCCGUUGUGGUGCCCGUGCGGGACAAGAAUGUGCCGCAUGCUAGGGAGCGCAUGGUGCAAAUAACCCGGCAGAAGGUUGGCGGCCUUGGACUCAGCAUAAAGGGUGGAGCGGAACACAAGCUGCCCAUCCUCAUAUCCAAGAUAUAUAAGGACCAGGCGGCGGACCAAACGGGGCAGUUGUUUGUUGGUGAUGCAGUUAUUAAAGUAAAUGGCGAGUACAUCACGGCCUGCUCACACGACGAUGCGGUCACCAUUCUAAGGAACGCGGGUGAUAUUGUCGUCUUGACCGUCAAGCACUACCGAGCAGCCACUCCUUUUCUGCAGAAACAAGCGGACGGCGCGUCCGACACAGACAGCAGUACGGGCGACGAGCACCCGUCCCUGCACGGCAAGCCAGUCGACGCCAAUUGCAACGAGAAGGCUGAACAGACCAAUGGCGGAUGGCAGACUGCGUGGGGCGAGGAGGAGAGCUCCCGGCCCGGCAGCGCGGCAGGUUCGCUUCGCUCGCGGCCGUCGUCGGUCGCCUCCGACCGGCUGCAGGGAGGGGCCGACCACACGCAGGGAGCCAAGGAGUGGAGGGACGUCGUUUCGGUACCUUUAAUGAUGGGAUAUGUCACAAGAUAUGUCUUCGGAACGGAUAAGCUAAGGCCGGGCGCUUUUGAAGUCCGCGGCGCCCGACCACAGAUAACGACGGGCGUGAUCCACGCGGAGGACCCCGCGGCGCUGUCGCAGUGGCUCAAGAGCAUAUCGGACAACAUCGUCGGCCUCACCAAUCUACAGAUGAAGCUGUUCAACCGUCAGCUGGCCGUGGGCGAGCGCAUCGAGUACAUGGGCUGGGUGCACGAGGGAGUGCUGUGCGGCGCGCAGCCCUGGCAGACCUACCGACCCAAGUUCCUGCUGCUCAAGGGCACCGACGUCAUGUUGUUCGACGUUCCCCCGAUGAACAUCGCGGAACUUACAAAAUGCCCAGAGACCCUCAAAGUGUACCAGACCAUGUUCCGCACCGUGAAAGAGAGCGAGACAGUGGACUGGCGGCAGCACUGCUUCCUCGUGCAGAGCAGCGGCGCCGGGCCCGGCGGCGGCGCGGCGGGCCCGCGCUACUUCAGCGCCGAGACCCGGCGCGAGCUGCUGCGCGUCGAGGCCGCCUGGACCAGCAACAUCGUCAACUCCGUCACCAGGCUGCAGAAAAAGACGUUUACGGUGGUGCACGGCGGGCGAGCAGCAGGCCUGACGUUGGACUGGUCGUCGGGGUUCUCGCUCAGCGAGGGCACACCAGGCGCGCCGCCUGUGUGGGCCUAUAGGUUCUCACAGUUGAGGGGCUCGAGCGACGAUGGAAAAUCGAAGCUAAAACUACAUUUUCAAGACGCUGAGACCAAGGUCAUAGAAACAAAGGAGCUGGAAUGCCAGAUUCUGCAGAGCCUGCUGUUUUGCAUGCACGCGUUCCUCACCGCCAAGGUGGCGUCUGUCGACCCCGCCUUCCUCGCGUCCAUGCACCAGAACAAUUGACACUCGGUGACCAGCGACUAAACAUGUACAGAACGUUUAGUCGUCGACAGCACAUGAAGACCUUAAUGAGGUAAAAAUAAAGCUCACUUUGCUUUGACACAUUUUGUCUCGUUGAGGCGUUGUUUAUCGUUUAACUAAAACUGUUACAUUUUUAAUUGUUUCAAAUUGUUAAUAGGUACAUUACAUUUUGCUGAAUAAGCUUAGCAAAGUGGAUAUUUGGACUAUGGGGCAAAUCUAGGGUGAUACGUGU